AUGGCUUCAGUUCAGGUGCCCGAGACUGCCUCUGCCGCUGUUUUGCUGCGUUCAGAACCCAUACCCGAAUCCUAUGUUCCGGUGAAAGGCCCAGAUUUUGAUAAACCUCUUUCUCUCCAACAGUUUUUGGAAAGCUAUCAACGCAUUGGCUUUCAGGCAAACAGUCUGGGCAAAGCGAUCGAUAUCGUGAAUCGCAUGCACAAGUGGCGUUUGUCAGACGAACCGAUAGCAGAAGAUGAAUCCGAUGAAUAUCGAUCGCCUGAAGUCCGCUCUCGAACGCGAUGCAACAUCUUCCUCGGUUACACUUCGAACCUAAUUUCUUCCGGUCUUCGUGAAAUUAUACUUCACCUCGUGAAGCAUAGCCACGUCGCAGCAAUUGUUACUACCGCUGGUGGGAUUGAAGAAGAUUUCAUCAAAUGCUUGGGCCACACUUAUGUUGCCGACUUUAACCUUGACGGUGCUGAUCUACGCAAAAGAGGCAUGAAUCGCAUCGGUAACCUCAUUGUUCCUAACGAUAACUACUGCAAAUUUGAAGAUUGGCUAACCCCCAUACUCGAUACUAUGCUUGCGGAACAGCAAGAAACUGGUCAAGUUUGGUCACCAAGCAGUUUUAUUCGGCGGUUGGGAAAAGAGAUCGAUAACGAGGAAUCAGUGUAUUAUUGGGCUUCUAAAAAUGAUAUCCCAGUGUUUUGUCCCGCACUCACUGAUGGGUCAAUUGGCGAUAUGAUCUACUUUCACUCCUUCCGCAAUCCUGGCCUCAUUCUUGAUAUUGUACGUGACAUUCGCGAACUGAAUGAAUUAUCGCGCAAGUCAAGGAAAGCAGGAAUGAUCAUCCUUGGAGGAGGUGUUUGUAAACACCAAAUUGCCAAUGCAAUGCUUAUCCGCAACGGUGCCGAUUACUCAGUAUUUAUCAAUACCGGCCAAGAGUUUGACGGGUCCGAUUCAGGCGCUCGUCCGGACGAGGCGGUCUCUUGGGGGAAAAUACGAGCGGGAGCGGAAUCCGUGAAGAUACAUGGCGAUGCUACGCUCGUCUUCCCUAUGUUAGUCGCAGCAACAUUUGCAAAAGAUGCUCCGGGCAUCGUUUUUGAACAACAACAGUGA